UAAAGUUCCACCUGAGAUAAACUAUUGAUGUCGGAGGUCCUCUCGUGCCCGAAAGCUUCGGCGUUUGACUGUAGUUCGGAAGUUUUCCGUUCUUGUAGUCGUACUAUGAUCCCUUCUAUAUCCCCGAAAACUCCAAGGCUCAUCAACCCGAUUUUGCAUUCUUCAACAAACAAACACUCUUUCAUGUUUUCGCACGUAUCAACAUAAAUAUUAGAAGAACGAGCUACGGCAGCUGCAGUUUAUGUGUAUGUUUUCAGGUGAAAUGAAGUUCUUACGUCGUGUGUGAGGACAACUGUGUCAGUGACGCCAGUGAGUACAGGAGCACACAGGUCGUGGAAUCAAAUUUUCGACGAAGCCGAAAGGAGUCGGUGCUGUGCUGGUCAUGUGCUUUGUCGAAUUAGCGCCAUUGAGCUCCAGCUUCUCGAGGUUAUUCGCCUACUUUGUUUCUCGUAGCCAACGAUAACAACGUUCAUGAUUUUGCGCCGACGCACUGUUCUCAACUUGAGGAAGGCCAAUCGCAGAAAGAAGAAGCAGUUGAGUUGAGAAAGGAAACUUUUCUCCAACCGGGUCUCGCUCCGUGAAGACCCAGGCCGGUUUCCCGGACCUAAAAAUAACGCAACGCUUCUCAGACAGCUCUUGCCGCUCCAAGGCACGCAACGAGAAGAAGACUUCCUGAUAUUGCCUGCUUCGGAAGACCUCGUGAAAGGCAAAUGAAAAGGUGGGGACCGCAGAAAGACGAGCAAGAAAAGUUACAUUGGAAUAUGGUCUACACUUCUGUUGACUCCGCAGUUUGCGAACCACACGACUAGGACUUCUACCCUCUUAACCUCUACCUCCAGCGACAAAAACCCGAAUCAGUCAUCUUCGUGGAUGAUCCACACAGUAGCGUCCAUAUGGAGUAGUUGAGAACCAGAAACAGCGCAGCGCAACCAUGGAGACGCAGAAUAGCCUAUCAUCUCCCGAAACCCCCGCAUUGUUCGGGAAGGAGGAGGAGAAAGAUGAUCAAGAACCUGUUAUUCGAGCACGAGAUGUGUCGCUUGAUUUGUCAUUCGGUACAGAUUUACCUACUAGUUGCACCAGUAUUUUGUUCUGGGUUAUCAGUACGUCGUGCACUAAAAAACUACUUACUUGAGGCUAGUACGUUGUAUAAUUUCCUUAUCUCAAACUCAACUUCGAUAAUGGAUCGCAAUGGUGAUCCACUAUUCUGGCGUUAUCCUCUCGCUGAACAUCUUCAACACCUUUAUUUUGUCAGGCGACACGCCGAUGGAGUUCCAGCGGGUUAACUUACUUGGUUCCCGUCUGCAGCAAGCCGCGAUUUAUUCCCUAGUAUUGUCCUUGAACACGGUGACCUACCUCGAUUUGAGGGGGAACAAUCUUGACGCCACCUUCGGUUGGCGCUUGAUCAAAGCCAUGAAAAAGCGCUACCUGCAACUCGAGUUUUGCAACGGUGUGAAUACCCGUGCCGUUCGGGAUAAUGCCAUAGAGCACUUGAACCUGGCCGGUUUCGAAAUGCACUCUGGCCUGUACGGGAUCGAAGUCGUGGGUGCGAUUUUUCUAGCACAUUUCUUGCGGUUGAAUAGUAGCCUCAAAACCAUAUCUUUCAGGCGGAACCAAGUAGAAAAAGACGGAGCGAAAGCCCUGGCACAGUCGAUGAUCGGAAACACAAACUGCCAGAUAAGGAGUGUACAACGUCAACCUACUUGGAUCUAAGUCCUCUUUUUGUUUGCGAAGUCAAGUACAACAAAAAAUGCUUCACUAUUCGCUCAUGCUUAAUCUAAUUAUUACUUUUUGCACAUCUAUCACCAAAUUAUUCAUAUUUUUUCUUGUGCGCCUCCUUUCAGGUAAAUAGCAUGGGCAUACGAAAGAAGGAGCGAACAGGCAUUGAUUUUAGGUUGUUUCGGAAAAACCAGCUUACCGAAGUUAAUUUAGCCAAGACUGGGAUUGACGAUGACGACGUCGUUUUCCUCGAAGAGUGGCUUCUGCGACACGAUUGCACAACCGAAUUGAAUCUUAGUAACAAUCACUUCACCGGCGAAGGCGUUCGCAAGUUGCAUCGCUACAUCCUCAAUAGCAAAACACUACUAAGGCUCAAGCUCGAUGGCGUUCCGCUCGAUCUAGAGGGGGUCUCACUCAUGGCGAAAGCACUCGGGCAGAAUGUAGGGCUAGAACAAGCGAGUUUUCCGACACGAGCGUGUCUCGGGAUUCAGAAGGAAAAGCAAGUGGUGAUGCAUAGUCUGGCAGUUUCAAUAGCGAAGCAUCCGAAGCUGCAGUCGUUCGGUGUCACGCCUCUCAAAGUCAGCGCCAUGAGAAACGACGCAAUGGCCGACGUCAAUACAGACCGAAUUUUUGCCUCCUCCAUGAAGUCAGAAAUAUCCCUCUAUUUUUGGCUGCUAGCGGUACGCUUACCGAAAAUUGUUAAUGAUCUUAGCAAUAACAUUGAUUUACUGCAUUAGCUUUCUUCUGCCUUUUUGUUUUUUUGCCAAUUUGAUGCUGAAGGAGAGGUUGACGUUUAUCUGAAAAAGACCCCGACGCAUCUUUUAUUUCCUAAAGCGGCAUGAUGGUGGUUAAACUGACAUGAGCUGCAGGUUCUCUGCCCGAGUUCAAAGACCGACUUCAAGUAUGGUGGUGCGAAGACGAAUUUUGCAAACGAGUAUCCCUCUGUGACACCGUACCCCGUGAGCUUUUGCCCUGCUCUUAACAACUGCUUGCAUGAGUGCCGCAACAUCCUUACGAAAGUAAACUUGGCGAUUCCGCCAAGCAUGGACGGACUAGCCGUCCAGAUUAUGCGACAUCUGCGAUCGUCAAGGAGCUUGAGGGACUUGAAGCUUCCCGGCUACGCGGCCGCAACAAUAUCCGAGGUCCCUCCGGACUGGGCGAGCGAUGGCAGAUUACCGGCUUGGAUCCGGGACAAGCUGACCAUAUAUAGGAAGCAUUGGCAGGUUUUGCACAGUUUUUUGAGCGAGGUGCCGAACUUGGAUGUCUUCGGCAACGUGCAUGUCUCAAAUUACGACGCAGACUCAGCGGAACGGGCGUUUUUGUUGGUAAGCGCGUUGUGAUUAUAAUUAUGAUGGAGGUUCAUCUUCAUACCGUGGUACAACGUGCAGUUGAACUACUCUCUUCUAGUAUUGACGACCACGAUCGAGGAGUGAGACAGCGUGAACUUAUCUAGAUCAAGAUGUUGUGUCAGAAGUUUUACCAGAACCAGAUGUCCUCGACUUCUACCAUUUCAUAUCAAACCCAACAGCUGCUCGAGUGCUGCCCUGGUGUCGUUUGCCAACUAGGAGACACCACUGAGGACGAGGACACGACUCAGAUCGUUCUUUCGCUCACAUGUGGACGAGUCGAUCUCAAGUUACCCUUCAUCUUCGACUGCUUUCGCCUGGUCGAUAAACUGGUUUACAACAUAGAUGUGCACUUUCUCGACGAUAAGGCUCUGCAUGUCGAUGCAACUCAGCAGGAACUGGCUCAAUAUCUGAUAGAAAGCGAAGGGAACAAGAGCAUUCCGCCUUUUGUCCAUACACUCCGGCUCAAGAGUCAAACAACUGCGCCUGAAAUUAUAGAGUGUUGCAAGGUCCUGCCAAACAUCAAGGAGUUUGGGUUAGAGCGCGUCGAAACACUGCUGGAAAUCCUGGUGAACGCCUACACGGACGCAGAAAGCAAACAGCAAAUAGAACAGUAUAAAUAACUUCUCGUUCUCUCGACUCUAUCUUAUAAUUUUUUUUGAUCCUCGUCUUUGAGUAGAGAUAUUAUGAUGCCGCGUAUUAAUACAGAUACUUUCUGUAUUGACAGAAUGCAAACCUCAGAUCAUCUUAGACUUAAUAAAUAGUAACUUCAUACCAUUCUCGUAUUUCUCGGCUCUCAUCUCACGCUUACCACUUAUCUGAUCCUCGUUUUGUUUGUUUAUCCACCAGGAGAGGUAGACGGCGUGAUUACUGUAUAGAAGUCCUCGUCUUUAUACCAGUGCAUGAUUGUUGACGAUUUUCAUAAUUACGAUUUACUUUUCUACUCCCAUCCAUCUAUCAUGAUCUCGAUCGUGAUCAUCAGAAUCCGCAUAGACCGCAAGUGGUUGCGAGAGCGAAGGAUACCGAAGCUAUUCUCGGAGGAGCAACGGGACCAGCUUCUAAAGUUGCAGCAGGCUAUCGGGACACAAAGUCCAGAAGCUUUUUCGAUACUCACAUCCUCUGUAGGAACGCUUUCCAAAGAAGACUUGGUCGGCAUGACGCUAACGGAAUUCGCUAGCGCAGUAGGUGCAGUCAGUGUGGACGGAUGGGCACAGGUAGGCUUAAACAGGAACAUGUUCUAAGCUCAAGAACGAAUACACGCGUUAUUAAUGUCCUCGUCGACCUCGUAGUCGUAAUAAUUAAGUUAUGUUGUGUACAACUAGUACUACUUCUAGGUGUACGUAGGUACAACAAGGACGUCGACGGAGUAGGAAUCAUUGCUUCAACAAAUUGAGUCUUAUGUGGUCUACCUCUUGAAACAAUCUCAGGGCGAGACAUACGACCCCCAAGUGUAUGUGCCUUGUGUAACAUCUCCGAAAGAGUAUUACUUUCCAGAAUCCAGUGGUGGAAAGUGGGACAAAGGCCAGUAUUACCCAGACGACUUAGGUGGUCAGACCCCCCUUGCCUUCGAGCUUCCAAUAACAGACACAUCACUGAACUUGCGCAAAGUUUCGCUUUGUAUGGUUGGUCUCAAGCGUCUCAUCGCAGACGUGCGGUGCGACGAGUGGCCCGCAACUAGCCGAACACUGUGGGCAAACACGGGUCGAUGCACACUGCGACCCGGGCAAUAUUUGAACGAUGAUCUUCCGUGCGGAGGCAUGGAGACGGUGGCAGAAAUGGACUUUGACGGUUCAUCGUUCGACCCAGCAGAGGUCGCACAGUUUCACUGGGACACAACCGGAGUACAACUAGGAACGGACUCAAUAAUGGAAAGGGCAGCAGCAGGGACAGAAAACUUUCAAGGCGGAUUUCUAAGGUACUUAGAAGUGAUUCCCAGUGCAUUCUGACUGCUCUGAAUAUUCGUCGCGUUGACGGUCGGAGGUCCUCGCACUUAGUUAUGGGUUAUCAUCCAGUAGCAGUCAUCUUCAAGUUCAACACUCCUUCCGAGGAAAGGGUGAUGUACUACCUUGGCUUGUUCUCAACCUUCACAAGGACCUGCUUGGAGUCGCUGCUGACGUCACAGACGAUCACUUCGCUGGAUCUUCGUGGCAACGGAUUGGACAAGAACGAUUGCCUUUUCAUCAUUUCCCUUCUCGAGAAGAACACGACAUUGCUAACACUGAACCAGAUUCCAGUUGUCAUAGACGAAGCGCAAAAGAUGGCAGAGUUGAGGUUCGACCAUCAUGGAAUUCCGAUUCCAUCCCUAGCCGAAAUGGAGGAGGAAGAGUCAGGGGAGACCGAUGAGAAUUGCAUCUACUGCGCCACAGCAUUCUCAUCAACGCACGUAGAGCUGGAUGAGGGUGACGGCUACCUCUUUGCGUCAUUGGUCACAGAGACGAACUUUCCGUCUUUAAGCUCAAUUCGACUCCGAGAGCACGCAGUGAGCGACGCGACCUUAGCAUACAUUUGCGACGCACUUCUCGCGCUCCCGGCUUUAGAAAAUCUAGACUUCACAGACAUGAAACUCAGGUAUUACCUUACUGAUUUAAAAGUAACUCUGUGGCACUUAAUCGAAUUGACGCCCUCAUUAUCCGUUUACGAACUAUUAAUCUAAAUGUUUGAAUUCGUUGACGAUACAAAUACAUUUUGUGCCUGCUUAGAUGUGGAAUUUUCUUUCCUUUUUUAUAACGCAGCAACCGAGGCGCAAAUCUGCUUUUGUCGGCGGUCUCAGAGAUAGCUGGCAGGCUGCGCAGCGUCAACGGCAUCCCAUUAGGCCGUUUGCUAGAGGAGAAGAAAUCCACUGUCGGCGGCGGUGGCAAAGGCGCAAUACUCGCAGGCGACAUUGUGUGGAACGAUUUCUCGCUUGGCCUUCUCUCGCGCCUCAAACUAUGGCCACAUGUAGUCUGGCCAGAACCUAGCACGCAACCCGUGAACCUCGAAGGCCAUACGUUGACCGACGUUGGCGUCCGCGGAAUCUGCGGUCUGCUCAAGUGUUUUACUCCUGGUCCUGACUCAGCGCCAAAGGCCCGGUCGUUGCCUCAGCUGACCGACCUCAACCUCUCGAGGAAUCCUUCGUUGACGGACGCUGCCGUAGCAGUACUUUGCAAGCAGCUGUCGGUUGAGCAGGCCUGUCCGACACUAAGAAGACUCUCUGUGCGGUAUUGUCCAAAACUUCGGUCGCGGUCGGCUUUUGAGCUCUACCAGCUCCUCAGGACGAAGAUUGCCCUGACUAGCUUUGGCGAGGCCCGUGGAUCCCGACAAGAUAGCGACGCAGGCCUCAAAAAUUUGACCAUCCUCAACGGCAUUGACAUUGGUGCACUGUCGGAAGCCACGGCUCAGGGAAAGCCGCUGCCACCAGCGGUGAUUAGGGUGGAUAUUGACCAGGCCGUUGGUAUAUUCUACAACUAGAACUAAGUACUUACAAAUGCUGAAGACUUGCCAACAUUUUAUUUGAGCACAGCUACAUCAACAACUAGUACUUGCUACCACGACAACAGCCACUACCACUAGUUUCACAAUCAACUUUCUUGUGUUAAGUUGCACAUGAUUCGGAAUCGGAUUCUAUUUCACUGCACAUCUACAGCGUCUAUCUGCUCUUUCUCACUCCCUUAGACACAACGAUACUAUCCGAGUGCGAUGCGCACUAUUUCGCCCACGUCUUGCACACUUUUCCCGCAAUACCACACUGCCACGUCCACAUGUUGGUGUCGUCGAAGAUGGAGGUGCCAGCAGACGUCGAUGCAUACUCAGCGAUGUUGAAGCAACGCAGAUUAGAUGUAGCCAGGUCACCAUCAACGAACAACUCGCCCUUCACCCAGCCAAUAUUCGUGGCGUACUACAUUUUUUGGAUACUAUGUAUAUAUGAGUAGAUGGAUAGAUGAAAGCUUUUCUAGAAAUCAUGAGUAUGCUGAAGGGAGCUGUUCUUGAAUGAUCAAAGCCAUUGAUUUUGAAACAAGCCAGAAAGAAAUAUCCUCGUUGACAAUAUUUAUAAAUUAUGAUUCAGAUUUGUUUGUUGCAUGAUGAUAUUUCUCGGCGACACCGACAGUUCAUGUUCACCUUCAUCGCUCUUGUUCAACAUCUAUUUCAGCACCAAGCUCCAACGCGAGCUGCAGGAGGUGGUGCGAUUUUUCCGCGCAUGCCCAGUUAGCAUGAAGCUGCAGUUAAGUGUCAUCCCCAAGAUACCAGCAGAGCAAGGCAUGCACAUCCAGGACGACGGCACUAUCCUGCUCAUGCAGAACCAGCAAGAUAUGGAGACCACGGUGAAGGCUAUCACCAAGACUGUGCACGUUAACACCGACGGCCCAUCCGGUAUUUUCAGGCACCUAGUCGAAAAACUGGUGAAAAGACGGCGCAAUCGGCUCGCCAGGGAGAAAGCGGCCAAUGGCGGCCGCGGUUCAACAACCUCAAGUCUAGGUGGUGACGAAGAAGGUGCUAAGCGGCCAAGCGAGAGCGGCGCAACGCCAUCGAGUAGUUCAACAGCCGCGAAGCCCUUGUAUGUCAACAACAUCAAUAGUCAACGGAUGCACGAUUGCUUCCGAACGCUCUACGGUACAGACGACGUGCAUCUGUUCCACAAUGACGUUUACUCCGACGUUCUCACGAAAAACCGAAUCAGUUUUCCGAGUGUCGACUCCAAGGUCAUUGCCGAUUUGCUCGGAACUGUGUCCUCCCUCGACAUCCAGCAUUUGUUUUUGUCGAACUCCCCACUUAGCCUCGGACCCCUUUCUGCAACGGAUAAUGUGUUCAGCAACGCCAUCGACCUUGCAUCCCUUACGCAUCUCAAUCUUGCCAAUAAUAGUCUUGGCGAUACGGGUGUCGUGGAUCUCUUUACAUCACUGGUGAAAUGCGGCUCCACCGUCGUUCACAUCUCUGUACAAGCGAACCAAAUCAGCGAUAUAAGUGCGGUUUCAAUAGCUUACGCGAUGCAGUCGCUGCCACGGCUGUCGUCAUUAAAUCUCUCAGAAAACAACAUUACAGAAACGGGCGCGAUAACGCUAGCGGAGUCGAUUGGUGGGAGCGAACUGCACGCGUCAGAGGUACUAAUGAUGUGGCAUCCGGCUAAGUAUGUUAUACAUAGUAUACAUCUAUUUAAAGGAGUUAUUUGAUAUUUUCUACCCCAUAAAACUACUCCUGUUUUGCAGCGACGAAAACAGUUCUGCUUUUAUUUAGAAGUUCUGCACUAAUCCGCUGAUUUCGCUCGAAAAGAAAUCCAGCUACUCACGACGCUGCUCACUUGUUUUUCACAUUCGUUCAGGUCGAGACCUCACUGCUGCAAAUUCUUUCGAUUGACCUCGGCUACAAUCGUGUUCGAGAGCUCGGGGCCUUGCGGUUUGCAGAAAUGGUCGCGAUGCACCCGACGAUACAGCUGUUGUGCCUCUGCAACAACGAGAUCGCAGUACGGUCAGAGGAAGCAUUUACGGCCCUGGUUUACGCAGCGGCUGCCUCCGCUGCCUUGGCAGUGUUGGAUUUGAGGGGUAACUUUGAAGACGGGAAGAAGGUGCCCCCGGAACUGGUGAAAAAGUUGUUGGCGGAGCCAUUAGGCGACUUCGAUCCGGCGGAGUUGGAAGAAGGAGUCUUGAUUCGUCGAAAAUAA